ACGCAGACGCAAACUGUCCGCCUUGCACAGCGUCGGCUUGCUCAAUGCGCACGCGCAAGAGUCCUGGCAGCGAGCAAGCGAGCCCGGGCCUGCGCGGGGCCUUGUGGGAGGGCUUAAGGAAGUAAAAUGGCGGACCUGGCGAACGAAGAAAAGCCUGCCAUUGCUCCGCCCGUCUUUGUGUUUCAGAAGGAUAAAGGACAAAAGUCCUCUGCAGAGCAAAAAAACUUGUCGGAUUCGGGAGAGGAGCCUCAAGGUGGGGCUGAGGCCCCCCACCAUGGCACAGGUCACCCUGAGUCAGCUGGCCAGCGUGCUCUAGAACCUCCUGCCCCUGCUAGCAUGUGGGCCAGCACUCCACCUCCCGCUCCUGAAGCCCAGCCUCCUUUUCUGCAAAAACUGUCAGGGAGGUCAGCGGGAGGCUCCAGUCCCGAAGCAGGAGAAGAUUCCGACCGAGAAGAUGGGAAUUACUGCCCUCCUGUCAAGCGGGAAAGAACGUCCUCUCUAACGCAGCUCCCCACGUCACAGGCAGAGGAAAAGAGCAGUGGGUUCCGGCUGAAGCCACCAACACUGAUCCAUGGCCAGGCACCCAGCGCAGGGCUGCCGAGCCAGAAGCCCAAGGAGCAGCAGCGCAGCGUCCUCCGGCCAGCCGUGCUGCAGGCCCCACAGCCCAAGGUGCUGGCGCAGACCGUCCCCAGCAGCGGCACCAAUGGCGUCAGCAUCCCAGCAGGCUGCACCGGGGCCGCCGCAGCGUCGUCACCGGAAAACCCUGCACGGCGAAGCCCCUCUGAGGCCGCCGCCGAGGCACUCCUGCUUGAGAAGAAGGAGCCCCGGAGGGACGAGUGCAGCGAUGCCUCGGAGGAGGAGGGCACGCGGCAGGCCUUCGUGUUCGGGCAGAACCUGAGGGACAGGGUGAAGCUAAUGAACGAAAACAUGGAUGCCGCAGAUGUGGAGAGCACGGGGCAGCCCAGCUCCGAAACACCAGCCGCCACCAACUAUUUCCUGCAGUACAUCAGCUCCAGUGCAGAGAACUCAACCAACAGUGCCGAUGCCUCCAGCAACAAGUUCGUGUUUGGUCAGAACAUGAGCGAGCGCGUGCUGAGCCCCCCCAAGUUGAACGAGGUCAGCUCAGAUGCCAACAGGGAGAGCGCGGCUGCCGAGUCCGGGUCAGAGUCCUCCUCCCAGGAGGCCACCCCCGAGAAAGCUGAGGACGUUUCAGAGUCCCUGGCCGAGUCUGCGGCCGCCUACACCAAGGCCACAGCGCGGAAGUGCCUGCUGGAGAAGGUGGAGGUCGUCACCGGCGAGGAGGCGGAGAGCAACGUGCUGCAGAUCCAGUGUAAGCUGUUCGUCUUCGACAAGACCUCACAGUCCUGGGUGGAGCGAGGCCGGGGGCUGCUCAGACUCAACGACAUGGCGUCAGCCGACGAUGGGACGUUACAGUCCCGGCUAGUGAUGCGGACCCAGGGGAGCCUGCGGCUGAUCCUCAACACCAAGCUGUGGGCCCAGAUGCAGAUCGACAAGGCCAGCGAGAAGAGCAUCCGCAUCACGGCCAUGGACACAGAGGACCAGGGCGUGAAGGUCUUCCUGAUCUCGGCCAGCUCCAAGGACACUGGCCAGCUGUACGCGGCCCUGCACCACCGAAUCCUGGCCUUGCGCAGCCGUGUGGAGCAGGAGCAGGAGGCCCAGGCCCCCGCGCCUGAGCCUGGAGCCCCUUCCAACGAGGACGACAGCGACGACGACCUGCUGGCCCCCUCGGGAGCCCCUGGAGCCAGUGCAAGUGAGGAAGGGGACGGGCAGGCGCCCGGGAGCACAUAGCCGGCGGAGGUGCCCAAGAGGCUGCUGCUCUGGCCCUGUGGCCCGCCCUCCCCCAGGCAGCACGGGCGGAGUCCCAGCCUGGACCCCGGCCACCGGCCCGGCAGAGCCCCUCGGAGCUGCCCGGAUGCGGCUUGGGACUUGAGACCUCAUCAUAUUGAUGAGCAGAGAGCGCUGUCCCCCCGCCCCGAAUGGAAAUGGCACAUUAAGACUUGUCACGGCUUCUCACUGGGGCUGGAGACCUCCUUUCUUCACCUGCGUGUCGAGCCCCGGGCCUCCCCGCCACAUGCCCUCCCUCCCAGGGGUCCCCGCCGCACCCCGGAACCCUCAGAGCGUCCACACUGGGCCCUGGACACUGUUUACUGCUCUCUCUGUUCCUGUUUCCCACCUUCUGAUUCGGCGUUUAUGUUCUACAGAUCUUCCUUUUUUAUGUCCAAAGGCUUUGGUUUGGUUUCUGGGCUUGUGACACUCGGGCAGGCACAGCCCUGGGCCCCACUCUGGCCCUGCCUCCUCCCAGCCGUCACGGGCACUGAGGGCCUGGCCUGGAGAGCGCCCCCGGAAGAUCACGGGACUCGGGAGGGUCCCUAGGGUCCAAGUCACAUGGCCCACCUGCUCCCGUGUGUGUUGGCCGCUGCUGGCCCAGCCCCGACAUCGCCCCCGAACUGCUAUGGACCUGGGACUGCCAUGAGAGGCCGAGGGCCUGCCCCGGCCAGCAGGACAGCAGGCUUUUCCAGCAUGCCAUGCACGGGAGUGGGCACUGGCGCUUGGCCUGGCACCACAGGGUGGCCUCUGUGGCCACCCUGCCGACCAGGCCUCCGGGACAGCAGAGGAAAUGGCCCGGCCUGGCCCCGCCCUGCCCCGCCCCGCCCUCAGGCAGAGAAGAGGCCUCGCCCCGCCCCGACUGUUCUCCCACACCCAGGGCCAGGGCCAGGGCCAGGGCCAGGGGGGCUUCGGCGCAAUGCGGGCUACGCUGGCACUGCCCAGCCCCCAGCACGCCUGGGCCUGGGAAGACACCGCAGGCCACCCAGGAGAUCCGGCCACACUUCUGCUUUAAGCCUUAGCCAGCUAGUGACAAGUGAAAGCAGACAAUGCCCAUGUGUUUUGGAACAUUUCUGUAAGAGCGUCAUAUGAAAUGUAUUUGGGAACUACAUUAAAACUUUUAACUAAA